AAGCUGUCUACGCAUUCCCCAAAGAAAUAGCAGCUGCCACCUCUUCAAAUACCCCCUAAUUUUCGACGACUCAAAGCUUCUCCUCCACUUCAUCAUGGUCGACCUCAUUCCUCCUCCCGAUCCUCGCACCCUACUGCCUCCCUUGCUCGCCUGUCUUCCGACGGCGUUUGUCUCGCCGCAGCCCCCUCCGGCCCUGCUACCCCUCUUGUCGCCCAUUCUGCGCCAACGAGUCCAAAUCUUGAGCUCAGUGAAUGUUUCUCCGACAGAUUCAUGGCUUCGGCUACUUUGCUGGGAUGCGGAACAGGCCGAGCGCCUUCAAGCCCUGGUGGAUGGCGCAAGCUUCGAGCAACAUCCUGUCUCGGGCGAGAUCGAGCUCCCCGAUGAACUCCCAGUCAGGUACCGGCGUGUGGAUGAGGAGACACUACGGUCGCGCGUGAUCCUCCCUGAUUACAGUUUGAAGGUCAUCUAUGUCUGGUGCCCCAAUGAUGAAGAAGGUGGGGGUCCAGCAUGGCGCGUGGCGGAGCUGUUGCCGCAGGAGGGCAGCGUAGAUGAUGGCGAAGUCUGGUCCGUGUCGAUUGGGGAGGCGAACGCGGAACAGAAAGACCACCUCCUACAGGAUGCCUUGAGUGCAGCAGAGCAGGCAGAGAAGCAGAAAGAGGCUGAGGAGGAUGAUGACGAUGACUACUGGGCCCAAUAUGAUGCGACUCCCGGACGAACCCCGGCGGCCAAAACGCCCGCUCCCAACCCUGUUUCAUCCCUGCAACAGUCGGAGGCGGAUUACUUUUCUCGCUACGGGGAUGUGCAGCCCGCGAUGGACAACCAUGAUCCCGAGGAGGAGCAGCCCGAGCUCGGAGCUUCCUCCCUCAACGGAGACAUGUUGGCCCAACUGCUUCGGAGACAAUUCAAUGGUGGAGAGACCGACAAGCCGGACCAUCCAUACGAGAGUUCAGCUGGCGCAGCUGCAAACGGCGAUCAUGCCAGCUUGAACCACCCCCGACCAUCCUCCAUCUCGUCUGCCAGCUCCGAAGCGGUGGCCAAACUCGAACAAGAAGCAGAGCACCAAUCGUCCUAUGAAGUCGGGGUCAAGCAGCACAUUGGCUCGAGCAUCAAGGGUCUGUUCCGGCUGGCUAAAGCUACAGGCAUCUCUCGCAGUGAAUUCCAGUCGCUCGUCCAGACAGAAUUGGAAUUGUUGAACGUGUCGGAUGGGGAAUGAGAUAUUGGACGGCGUGUUUAUCUUUUCUCAAAUUGUACAUACUGCAUUGGGUCAUGUUCAGCGUUGAGGUGCAUUGGUUGGUUGGGCGGUUGGCAUUGGAUAUCCAUGGGUAAUUUCAUCAGGAUAUGUUGGUCGAAACUUGGAAUUCCGUCGUAAUUAAACGUGAAAUCUGAAUAU